CCCUCAUCUGAUAUUCACAACUGAAAUCGAGCAGCUACACACGCCCCUGCUCAUUUGUGCAUACGGACUACGCCGUCAUUUUUCUGACACAACCCUCCGACUCUCGCUAUUUCCUGCAAAAUCGAGCUGGUCCAAGCGAUUCUAUCAGUCCUCGGCAGAAACCCUUCAGCCUCCCGAAGCCGACAUCUGGGAACCGACACAGCUGUCAUGGUGGCAACGAGGGAUAACACACAUACCAACAUCCUGCUUGUUUGAACGGCAUACCGUGUCAGAUGACGGGUGUCGUUCAACACGAUGGCCACAUGGCUCCCGUAGCCGAGUCUGUGACUGGGGCACUAGGCGCAGAUAUCAAAAUGCCUCAAGUUUCGGUCGUGGAGGAGGACGACUCAAGUUUAUCCUCGACCGGCACAGAGGUAUUCGAUCGAGAUGCCUCUGGAUCGGUGCAAAAGGAGCGGUGGCAACUUGAUGCCAAUGGCAAAUGGCAGCGAUAUGGCUCCUCGGAGUCUGCGACAAGCACCGGCAUAUCGUCCAUGUGCUCGUCCGUCGGCGCUGAAGACCCUACCAUCGAAAAUGCAGCACCAACAUCGAUCUCCAGGAAGCGAUCAGCUGACAGGAGUUUUAAGAAUUCUCUACCCGAAGCUCACUCGAUUCACUCGCCUUCUGCCUCAAUCGGGCUUGACAAUGGGCUGUCCGACAAGACCCAUCCCGGGCUACCGCCAAAGAAAAAGCGAGGGCGACCCAAGAAAGUCAGGCCUUUGGAAAUGGAUGCAGAUGUGACAACUCCAUCAGGGAUAGUCGCAUCUGCCAAAGCACCCAAAAUGCCCAAGUACGUACGACCUGCCGUCGAGUUCCGCCCUCGAUCGUCAAUACCAUCACGAGUUUCUGCAGAUGUGUUCGCUAGUCAAUGCAUCGAAGCGGCAUACGAGUCGAGAUUAGAUCCCUAUGCUCUCGAUCCUGGUGAGAAUCGACUUCUGAUGGACCUUCUAAUGUCGAAAGAAGUGACCAUUUACCUCAACAUUCGAAACGCAAUCCUCAGACUAUGGCAGCAGAACCCAUUGUGCCCUGUCUCACGCGAGGAAGCGGCUGGCUGUGCAAAAGAGAGCCGGUUUUUUGGACUGGCUGAAGUCGCUCACAAGUGGUUGUCGAGAAAUGGUUACAUCAACUUCGGAUGUGUGGAAGUACCAAAGGACAAAUCGCUCCCAAAGCGGUAUCCACGAGAAACCAGACAGAGGACAGUAGUGGUCAUUGGCGCAGGAGUAUCUGGGCUGACGACAGCUCGUCAACUCGAGAGUCUGUUCGCCCAGGAAGCUGCCAAGUGGAUCGCCAUGGGUGAGCGACCUCCGCGUGUGAUCAUUCUCGAAGGUCGGAAACGAAUUGGCGGGCGUGUAUACUCGAAACCACUGAGGAGUCAGGUCAGAGGAAGCUUGCCAGACGGCUUGCGAAAUACGGCGGAAAUGGGCGCCAUGAUCGUUACUGGGUUCGAGCAUGGCAACCCAUUGGACAUCAUCAUACGCGGCCAGCUGGGCAUUCGAUACCACUUGAUGAGAGACGCAUUGACGAUUUACGAUACCGAUGGCAAGCCAGUCGAUGAGCGGAGGGAUAUAUUGAACACAGAGCUCUACACUGAUAUCUCGGAUAGGGCGGGCGAAUUUCGCGUUCAGCCGCAAAAGCAGGACACAUUGAGGGGCGACGAAGAUCUGAUCAAUAGGCAUCGAGAUCCCGCUGCCAAUGGCUUUACUGCCUUCGAGCUCGAGCCUCUGACUGCGGCGCACGUCAAGUCACACAAGCCCGCCAACCGUAGAGGCCGCCGUCGCAAUGCUCCUCCGGGCACUGAGAAGCUCACAGGGCGUAGUCAGGUGAUCGAAGAGGCUGGAAGUGCCAGGAGCAGCGCAUCUCGGGCAGCAAGGACCAUGGGCUGGGAAGUGAAGGAGGGAGUGGCUCGCAAUCAGAGCGUGUCGCUUCAUCGCAUUGCCGAAGCAAGCGACUAUCCUACGCUUGGGACAGUCAUGGACGAAGCGAUCAACCAAUAUCAAGGCCUUGUCGACAUCACACCACAAGAUAUGAGGUUAUUAAACUGGCAUCACGCCAACCUCGAAUAUGCGAACGCAGCACCGGUCUCUUCACUAAGUCUGAGUGGCCACGAUCAAGACACUGGGAACGAAUUCGAGGGUGCGCAUUCUGAGAUCAUUGGAGGAUACACCCAAGUGCCGCGCGGCUUGAUGAAUUUUCCAACAAAGCUCGACGUACGAUUUGAUCGAAUCGUGGACAGCAUCCAUUACGAUGAUGGGAGGGCCUCUGAAGACAGUCUGACGACCAAAGUCGUCUGCACAAACGGCGAGGUAUACGAAGCUGAUGAGGUGAUCGUCACGACACCGCUCGGCGUGCUGAAGUCCAAUGCAAUUGAUUUUGACCCUCCGCUGCCAGGCUGGAAGCAGGGUGCCAUCGAUCGCAUGGGCUUCGGCUUGCUGAACAAGGUCAUUCUCUUAUACGACAAACCGUUCUGGGACAGCGACCGUGAUAUGUUCGGCCUGCUGAACGAAGCCGAGCACACCGCGAGCCUCGAUCCUUCCGAUUACGCGAGUAGAAGAGGACGUUUCUAUCUGAUAUGGAAUGCUACAAAGACUAGCGGGCGACCGAUGCUCAUCGCCUUGAUGGCAGGAAAUGCUGCGCACGAUGCGGAAUGGACACCCACAAGUACAUUGAUGAGCGAAGUUACGGAGAGAUUGCAAGGUGUCUUCACGCAUGUCAAAGUCCCAGCACCUCUUGAAGUCAUCGUCACCAGAUGGAGGAGGGAUCCCUUUACGCGCGGGACAUACUCCUACGUCGCUCCGGAAACGCGACCAGGCGACUACGACCUGAUGUCAAGGUCUGUCGGUAACCUGCACUUUGCAGGCGAGGCCACUUGUGGUACGCAUCCUGCUACCGUGCACGGCGCUUUCCUGUCAGGACUUCGCGUUGCAUCAGAGGUGAUUGACGACAUGGCUGGUCUAAUCACAGUGCCUCAUCCACUAAUUGGACCCGCCCCUAUGAAAGAGGAGAGCAGCUCUCGCUGGGCGCCCGCUGUCCCACCACCCGCACCCAGACCAGAGAUGCAUCAGCGAUACAGCAUUGCGUCGGUAGAAGCAAUGCCACACUCACAGCCAUUCAUCAAGCAAGAGGAGGGCGCCCUCGAGACCAACGUUGUUCCUACGCUUCAGAGGAAGCCAUCUGGUCCUCCGGCAAGAAGCGUCUGCGCAGGAGAUGCUUCGUUUUGGGUCUCGCCCAGCUUCGAUGGGUCAGACCUCGACUACGAAGCCGCCGUCAUGGCUACCAUCCUCGGACAACUGGGCGAGCGACCUGUGAAACCUGCACGUCCCGGCGUUAACCCCUUCAUCCUCUUCACCAAAGACAAGUGGGACACGGCCAAGGCCACAGUUGGGAUCGAUGGUAGGAACAUGAUCCGCAACGAAGUCGGCCGGCUUUGGCGCACAGCAUCAGAAGAGGAGAAACAACCUUAUGUCGCUCAAAGUCAGGCGGCACAAGAAACGGCUGAUGCCGCCAGACGCGAGUAUGAGGAGAAGUCCGCGGAGUGGGAUCGGGAUGCGGCGAGGAUUCGCAAAGAGUACGCUGAGAAACAUCCACCCCCGUCUGGGUACUCGCAGAGUAUUGUGGGUGUGAGUAAGAGAAAGACGAACACGAGCAACAACGUGGUGCUGGAUCAUCAGUAGAAGUGAUGAUGAAUAUACUGCUUCAAGGCAGAUGGGAGCAUUUGGGUUGGUCAGCGUUCAGAGCGUUCGAUGAAGGACAAUGGAGAUGUGGACAUGCACAUGCAUGCGCGGUGUCUUCUGGGACACUUCUUGUUUGGCAGCUCCCUCUUUUUCGGGAACGGCUGUACCGGCAUACAUAUGUACACUUGCGCAGACACAGACAGAGCAUACGACUUCUAUAGAUUCGACUGUAGAUGCAUACUUGGAAGAGAAAGCUUUUCGCAACACACG